UUGCUGCCCAAACUUAUUUAUAGUUAUUCGAUCCAGUAUAAAUCACGCCGCAACCGUUGAUGCAUUUUUAGUAGUAAAAAUAAUUUCAAAAUGGGUAAACCAUCCGCCUCCCCCUUAUUUUUCACACUAUUGCUGAUAUUCUGCACAUCUGGCAUCCGUUGUCAAACUGAUCCAUGGGACGAAGUACCCACAAUCCUCUCGCGAAUUCAAGCCAACAUUCCCACCUUCCCGGACGUGACAUUCAACAUCUUAGACUACGGAGCAUUGCCGUCAGCCAACGCCGACGACGUCGAAGCCCCAGCGAACGUGGUGGAAGCUAACUCGAACGCUUUUAGGAACGCGAUCGGACUCGCAAACAUUUUCGGAGGUGGCACUGUACUCGUUCCCAAUGGAACAUUCAUUACAGGUCCCAUCACCCUUCGAUCCAAUGUAAACUUGCACCUUUCCACACCUUCGACAAUUAUCCGUUUCACCCGCAACACAACAGCCUACCCACUCGUAUUCACGCGUUGGGAAGGUAUCGAACUCAUUAACUACUCGCCAUUUGUCUAUGCCUUCGAACAAGAAAACCUUGGGUUGACUGGUUCGGGAAUUUUGGACGGAAACUGCGAUUGUGACAAUUGGUGGCCAUGGAAGGGAACCUGGUCUCGACAAUGUUGGGUAACUACGCCAGAAAAUCAGACAAACGCUAGAAAUGCGUUGUUUCAAAUGGCAGAGGAUGAGACUCCGGUAGAGGAACGAGUUUUUGGCGAGGGCCACUUUCUCCGACCACAAUUCAUCCAGCCGUAUCGAUCGAAAAAUAUACUCAUUGAAGGCAUCACGAUAACCAACUCGCCCAUGUGGAUCGUCCACCCUGUCCUUUGCGACAAUAUCGUCAUUCGCAACCUCAACAUUACGAGUCUGGGCCCCAACUCCGACGGCGUAGAUCCAGAGUCUUGCAAAGAUGUUUGGAUUCACAACGUCACAUUCAUGAACGGAGAUGAUGACAUAGCGAUCAAAUCUGGGCGUAAUCAGGACGGGCGAAGGGUCAACGUUUCUUCGGAAAACAUUGUCAUUCAGGAUUGUCGAAUGGCAAACGGUCACGGGGGACUUACGCUCGGUUCGUGUAUCAGCGGUGGGGUAAAAAACGUGUUUGCGGAGCGAAUUUUCCUCUCUAGCGAGAGUUUGGACACGGCGAUUAGGAUCAAGAAUAACGCUCUCAGGGGUGGACUGCUGGAACGAUUCUUUCUCCGAGACAUAACUGUGGGAAGGGUUGCCAAGCAGGUUAUUGAAGUCGACUUCUUCUACGAGGAAGGACCAGAUGCAGGCUAUGUUCCAGUUAUUAAAGAUUUCGUCAUACAGAAUCUAACUCUGCAGGAUGGUGCACCCUAUACCUGCUACAUGAAAGGUUAUCCCGGUCAUCCCUCAACAAGCUUUGUGGGUUUAAAGUUGGAAAAUGCAACAUUCAAUGGUAUCGAGAACGACCCACACUAUGUGGCCGAGAAUGUAGACGAUAUUAUUACACUAAACGUUGUUGUUAACGGGGUCUUGUGGGAGUAUCAGCAAGAAUAAAACUAUCGAAAUUUAAAAUGUUAGUACAUAAUAACUAA